AUCAAAAUUGGAAAAGCUUCUUCUUAGCUUGCCUAUACUUGAGGUGCUUAUUUUGAGUUCAUCUUUCCUUGAGCUUUUGAGUGCAGGUACAGUUCCACAAGGGCUUCCUUUUACACUCAACUGCUUGUGGCAUCUAAAGCUAGGUGUAAACUUCAGCCAAAUGGGUCAGAUUUCAUACUCUCUCGAGUUGAUUAAGAGCUCCCCCAAUUUGAGCAAACUUGAGAUUUGGGUCAAUGCUACCAGUGACACUGUUGAAGCAGUUUCGGAAUAUCUAGACACACCAGGUUGCUUGGACCAACCACUCAACAAGCUCAAAUAUGUGGUCAUACAUUUUUUUAAGGGUUCAAAAACUGAACUGUUAUUCGUAAAGCUAUUGUUUACUCGUUGUCCGUCUUUGAUAAGUAUGAGCAUUAAGCAGGCAAAAGCCUCUGGUACCAAGGAAGAAAGGAAUAUUGUAAUAAAAUUGGCGCAUCACCCCAGAGCAUCUCCCAAGGCAGAGCUAUUGUAUGGUCCACGCUCGGAUUAGGAUUUUAUGGCAAUUUGAGGCAACCUGUUGUUAUCAAUUAGCAAAUUCUGUAAACUUUUGUGGUUCCUCUAAAUGAUCAAUAUGUCCUUCGAUAUA